CUCCCCCUCAAUGUUAAGGGAGGCCAGUUUUUACACUCCCCCCUGCCCACUUCCUUUCUCUCUCUAGAAUAGUGUGUAUUUUUCUUCUUCUUCAAGAGCUCAAAAGCUCCAUUAAUGGCUUCCUAGCCUAAAUAAUGUACCGUGUACAACCCCCGAUAUGAAUAAAAAUCCCCUGUUGGCAAGUUACCGCCAAAAAAGGCCCGUGGUUUUCUCCCGAUUUGGGUUUCCACGUGAAAAUCCUCGUGUUUAUAUUUUGGUGUAUUUUUAGACUAGUUUAUCGUUUUUGCCCGGCUAAAAACGAUAUACUGGUCGAUAAUUUACACCAUCAACUUGUGUCAAUGUCAAUCAUCAAAAUGUUUGUGUAUAAAUAUGUAUAAAUAGGGUACAAUUUUUUAUAUAAGUGUAGCAUGAUCUAAAUUUAGGGGGGUGUAUUCAAUCAAGGCUCUGUAGGAUUUUUUUGGAGUUUAAAAGUUUGUGUGUAUUCAAUUGAGAUUUGAAAAAAUCAUUUAAAAUCUGUAGGUAUUCAAUGGAGAUUUUAAAAAAUCUUUCUAAAUCUAAUGAUAUUGGAAAAUAAUAGAUUUUGAAAAAUUGUUAGAAAAUAUGGACCGUGAAGGAUUUUAGGCUUGAAGUAUAAAUAAAAAUUUUGUUUUCAAAUCCAACAAAAAACCUAAGGAUUUUGUGUGGACUCCAAAUCUGCAUAUCCUUCUUUCCCUCUUUCUACACGGUUCUUCUUCUUCUCUUCUCAGGCCAUCCCCUCCCUCAAUCUCCCCCUGCAAUCCCCUCCAUCAAUAUCUCAUCCUGCAUAUGCAAAAUCCCAAAAUCCAAACAAGCAAUCCCAUAGAAAUCCCCAGCGACACCCCAUCCCCAUCACUGUUCCUUUCCUGCCUUUUUUCUAGAAGAUCUGUGGCGUUCCAGCAGCCAAGGGCGGAGGAGUGAAAUUCGUCAGUUGGUUUAUGUUCGGGAGCCGCAAGACCGGGACUAAAAUCGUCGAGAUUGGUAUAGUAACAGUCUGGCGUCGAGUAUUGACUGCGUCGUCGUCCCGAAUCUCGCGACGAUGGCCGCCGCGGUGUUCCUCAAGACGGUGUAGGUGACCAGGAAUUUAUUUAAAAAGUGGGAUGUUUGAUUCAAUAUGGAUAAACAAAAAAGAUGAACAAACAUAGGUCAUAGAACCGAAAAUCCAUGUAAAUCAAUACACAAAUCUCCUAAAGUAUAUAAAAUUCCAUGUAAAUCAAUAAAAGAGUCUGCCAAACUCUGCAUAGAGUCAUUGGAAUUUCUAAAUCCACCGACUUCUUAAAAUCCAAAAAAAUCUUACAGACUUUUAAUUGAAUACAACCCCUUAGAAUACAUAUAAGUUUUUCCUUUUUUAAAACAAAAACAAAAAGGGGGUGCUACAAGCCAACGGGAAACCCACCCCAUUUGACAACCGUUACGGGUUCAAAUCUCCUCCAUUUCCCCACUCGCCCCAUCUCCAAACGGGGGGAACAAAAACCCCUGCAACCACCGGCAAUGAAUCUCAUCUCCCCCGCGCGUAGCGAACCCUCCAACCAGUCCCGCGAGUGACUGGCGCCUCUCAGUUCAUCACGUUCGGCCAAAAAUCCGUCCUUGAUGACAGACAACCCGCCAUUUUCCUCUGCCUCUUUUUCAUGCGCAUUUAAUGAAGCACUGGCGCAUACAGUUGGUCGUCGAAAGAGAAGUCCAUCCAACUGUAGUCACAUUUAAUAACUUCUCUCUGAUUUGCUGGGAAUUUACCUCCGAAGAUUACCAUUGCGGACCCCGCCGCGGGUUAACAGUUGGUGUGGUAUGAGACGACGUAUUAGUGGCGUCAAUUUCCGGAAUCUGAGGCGGAGCUAGCGGGGAUGUGGAACUCGGUGGAGAAUCUGUCGGUGCGGUCGGCGUCGUUCAGGGAGGAAGGCGACGACGAGGAGGCGCUGCGGUGGGCGGCGCUGGAGAGGCUGCCGACUUACGCGCGCGCGAGGCGGGGGCUGUUCAGGAACAUUGUCGGCGAUGUGAAGGAGAUCGAUGUGGACAAGCUUGAGACUGACGAGCGGAAGGUGCUCCUGGACCGGCUGUUCGCCUCUGUGGACGAUGACUGGGAGAAGUUCUUCACCCGCAUGCGACGCCGUUUCGAUAGAGUUGACUUGGACUUUCCAAAGAUUGAAGUCAGAUUUCAGAACUUGAAAGUUGAAACUUUUGUUCAUGUUGGUAGUAGAGCAUUACCCACCAUUCCAAAUUUUGUUAUUAAUAUGACUGAGGCUCUUUUACGGACUCUAAAGAUGUACUCUGCCAAGAGGAGAAAAUUGAUGAUAUUGGACAAUGUCAGUGGUAUAAUUCGACCUUCGAGGUUAACUCUUUUGCUUGGUCCACCGAGCUCUGGGAAGACAACAUUAUUGAUGGCUCUUGCUGGGCGCCUUAAAUCAGACUUGCAGAUGACAGGGAAAAUUACUUACAACGGACAUGGCCUGAAUGAGUUUGUUCCUCAAAGGACAUCUGCUUAUGUGAAUCAACAAGACUUACAUGCAGCAGAAAUGACAGUUAGGGAAACUCUGGACUUCUCCGCACGCUGUCAGGGUGUUGGAUUCAAACAUGAUAUGCUUCUGGAACUUACAAGAAGAGAAAAAAUUGCUGGAAUAAUACCUGAUGAAGAUCUUGACAUCUUCAUAAAGGCAUUGGCUUUGGAGGGCAAGGAGACUUGUCUUGCUGUUGAAUACAUUUUAAAGAUUCUAGGGCUGGACACAUGUGCGGACACCCCAGUAGGUGAUGAAAUGCUCAAAGGAAUUUCUGGAGGCCAAAAGAAACGGCUCACAACAGGUGAAUUAUUAGUUGGUCCAACAAGAGCUCUGUUCAUGGAUGAGAUUUCAACUGGGCUUGAUAGUUCUACUACUUACCAAAUCGUCAGAUAUCUUAGGCAUUCAACACAUGCACUAGAUGGAACGACAAUUAUUUCACUUCUUCAACCUGCUCCAGAAACAUAUGAGUUAUUUGAUGACAUUAUAUUAUUGUCUGAAGGACAGAUAGUAUACCAAGGUCCACGCGAGGAUGUACUUGAUUUUUUCUCAUAUAUGGGAUUCCACUGUCCGGAGCGCAAAAAUGUUGCGGACUUCCUUCAAGAAGUUGUAUCAAAGAAGGACCAGCAGCAGUACUGGAGUGUGCCUGAUCGCCCUUUCCGAUACACUCCAGUAGGAAAAUUCGCUGAAGCUUUUAGUUCAUACCAGACCGGGAAGAAUUUAUCUGAAGAGCUGGGCAUUCCUUUUGACAAACGGUAUAAUCAUCCAGCAGCUUUAUCAACUUUGAAGUUUGGAGUAAACAGGAGAGAACUUCUAAGAACAAACUUUGACUGGCAGCUGUUGUUGAUGAAAAGGAACUCAUUUAUCUAUGUGUUUAAAUUUAUUCAGCUUCUUUUUGUUGCGUUGAUUACCAUGAGUGUCUUUUUCCGCACAACCCUUCAUCGUAACACGAUUGAUGAUGGAGGACUCUUUCUUGGGGCUCUGUACUUCUCAAUGAUUAUCAUUCUGUACAAUGGAUUUACUGAGGUUCCGAUGCUGGUUGCUAAGCUUCCAGUGCUCUACAAGCAUAGGGACUUGCACUUCUAUCCUGGUUGGGCUUACACUCUUCCUUCUUGGAUCUUGAGUAUUCCUACAUCAUUGAUAGAAUCUGGUUUUUGGGUAGCAGUUACAUAUUAUGUGGUUGGAUAUGAUCCUAAUAUUACAAGGUUUUUCCGGCAGUUCUUGCUAUUUUUCUUUCUCCACCAAGUGUCUCUUGCCCUUUUUCGUUUAAUGGCUGUACUUGGCCGCAAUAUGAUUGUUGCAAAUACAUUUGGGUCUUUUGCCAUGUUAGUUGUAUUGGUGCUUGGAGGAUACAUUGUUUCAAGAGACAGAAUACCUAGCUGGUGGAUCUGGGGGUUUUGGAUUUCGCCACUGAUGUAUGCUCAAGAUGCAGCUUCUGUGAACGAAUUUCUAGGUCAUUCUUGGGACAAAAGAUUUGGCAACAGUACUAGCUUGCAUCUAGGGGAGGCAGUGUUGAAGGCGCGCAGUUUGUUCCCACAGGGCUAUUGGUACUGGAUUGGCCUUGGAGCAUUGUUUGGAUACACAAUUUUGAUCAACUUCUUAUUCACAUUUUUCCUGGCCUACCUUGACCCGCUUGUGACACAUCAAGCUGUUAUUUCUGAGGAAGGUGAUCAGGAUAGCAACAUUGCUAGAAAUGAUGAAGCUGUUGUUAUUCAGUUAAAAGAGUAUCUGAAGUUUUCAGGCUCACUGGCUAGAAAGAGUUUCAAACAGAAAGGCAUGGUUCUUCCUUUUCAACCUCUUUCUAUGUCUUUCAGCAAUAUCAAUUAUUAUGUUGAUGUGCCCCUGGAACUGAAGCAACAGGGAAUACUUGAAGACCGAUUGCAAUUGUUGGUCAAUGUGACUGGAGCAUUUAGACCUGGUGUGCUCACUGCAUUGGUUGGUGUAAGUGGUGCUGGUAAAACAACUCUCAUGGAUGUGCUAGCUGGUAGAAAAACUGGUGGAAUCAUUGAAGGGAAUGUCUAUAUAUCUGGUCACCCCAAAAAUCAAGAAACUUUUGCAAGAGUAUCUGGCUACUGUGAGCAGAAUGAUAUCCAUUCUCCUUGUUUGACUGUUCUUGAAUCACUACUAUUCUCUGCUUGGCUACGUUUACCACCAGAUGUUGAUUUAGAAACUCAGAAGGCUUUUGUUGAUGAAGUAAUGGAGCUUGUGGAGCUUACUCCACUGAGUGGAGCAUUGGUUGGCCUACCUGGAGUUGACGGAUUAUCAACAGAGCAAAGGAAGCGGCUCACUAUUGCUGUUGAACUGGUGGCAAACCCUUCAGUUGUAUUCAUGGAUGAACCUACAUCUGGGUUGGACGCAAGAGCUGCUGCAAUUGUGAUGAGGACUGUACGGAAUAUUGUAAACACUGGCAGAACGAUUGUUUGCACAAUCCAUCAGCCCAGUAUUGAUAUCUUUGAAUCCUUUGAUGAGCUCUUGUUAAUGAAGCGGGGUGGAGAGCUCAUUUAUGCCGGGGAGCUUGGUCCUAAGUCUUGCAAGCUGAUCGAGUAUCUUGAGGCAAUUGACGGGGUUCCAAAAAUUAGGCCUGGCUAUAACCCUGCCACAUGGAUGUUGGAGGUUACAUCAUCAAUAGAAGAAGCCCGACUUGGUGUUAAUUUUGCAGAGAUAUAUCGAAGAUCAAAUCUUUUUCAGCAUAAUAAACUGUUGGUUGAGAGGCUAAGCAGACCAAGCAAUGAUUUGAAGGAUUUGAAUUUCCCAAAUAAGUACUCUCAAUCAUAUUAUAAUCAAUUUCUGACCUGUCUAUGGAAGCAAAAUCUGUCUUACUGGCGAAACCCACAAUACACCGCAGUUCGCUUCUUCUAUACGCUCAUUAUAUCAUUGAUGUUGGGGACAAUAUGUUGGGGAUUUGGUUCUAAAAGAGACACACAGCAGGAUAUAUUUAACGCCAUGGGAUCCAUAUAUGCAGCAGUACUCUUCAUUGGAGUCACAAAUGCCACUGCUGUUCAACCUGUUGUCUCAGUUGAAAGAUUUGUGUCGUAUAGAGAGAGAGCCGCAGGGAUGUAUUCAGCUUUACCAUUUGCAUUUGCCCAGGUUGUUAUUGAGUUUCCAUACGUGCUUGCGCAAUCACUAAUCUACUGCGCAAUAUUCUAUUCGAUGGCAGCCUUUGAAUGGUCUGCGUCAAAAUUCAUUUGGUAUAUAUUCUUCAUGUAUUUUACAAUCUUGUACUUCACCUUCUACGGAAUGAUGACAACUGCGGUCACGCCUAAUCACAAUGUGGCUGCUGUCAUUGCCGCUCCUUUCUAUAUGCUUUGGAACCUUUUCUGCGGAUUAAUGAUACCCCACAAGAGAAUACCAAUAUGGUGGAGAUGGUAUUACUGGGCAAAUCCAGUUUCCUGGAGUCUUUACGGCAUUGUUGCUUCCCAGUAUAGCGACAUCAGCAGUCUGAUAAAACUACCAGACGGGAUGGAUUCAUCAGUUCCUUUGAGACUGUUAAUCAAGAACGUGUUUGGAUACAGGCAUGAUUUCGUUGGCAUUGCUGGUUUCAUGGUUGUCGGCUUUUGCGUUUUAUUCACUGUGAUAUUUGCAUACGCAAUCAAAUCGUUCAACUUCCAAAAGAGAUGAGAGAUUCUAUCAGCAAAUGUCAACCGCUUCUGAUUGGCGAUACCACUUUCGAAGAAAUUAGCGUAAGAUUAUGCAUAUUAUGAAUAUACUCGUAUUAUAUAUACAGCAGUACAUAUAUAUUCGCAGCACUCAUUCAUAUUCCAUUCAAUUACUCUAUGGGUACGGCGUGACCGAAUAAUGCAUGUUCAGUUUUGUAAAAUCGAUUUCAUUUUCUUCAGUCGUAACAAACAGUUAUGUAUUUAUCAUUUUGUAAGAUGAUUUUUACAUUCAGACAAAUUUCAUUUGGUUACCCCAUCGGAUUGGAAGGAUUUCAAAAGAAAUACUGUAGUAGACU